ACCAGGAGAGGAGCCAGGCAUAUGUAAGCAAACAAUCUCCCACCUUUAUGGCUUAUGGUCGUAAUCAAUCCUUUCCACUUAUAUUCUUUUAUUAUUAUAAUCUGUAAUGUACCUACUAUUAUGAACCCAUCGGCGUGGUUGAGUGUAACAUCGAAUCGUUGACAUCAUAAGCAGUAACGAACAAUGGCGUCCAGUCCAUCGUUAACUCCUGCUGCGACGCACACAGAUGGCGACCGCGACAAUGAUUCCGCGAGUGAUGCGCAACUGCAGCUUCAGCGCAAGAUCAGUCAAGCAGUGGAUGAGGGUCAUGACGCGGAUAUCCCGUCGAGUGAAGGCUUUGUGCUGAGCGAGGAGGAACAGCUCAAACUUCAACGAUCGAGAGGGGAACGGAGGAAAAAUUCGGUUGGUAGCGUGGGGAGCAAGGCCAAUCGCGAUGUUGAGAAGGCACAGGCGCCAGGAGAGGCCGCGCUCUCAAGUAGUAACGGCGACGACGAUGACAGCGAAACGAGCCCCAACAUUGUUUGGUGGUCCGGUCCCAACGAUCCAGAAAACCCUUACAAUUGGCCAACAUGGCGUAAAGUCCUUAACUGCGGCUUGAUCAGCGCGAUGACGUUCAUCUCUCCCCUAGCAUCGUCUUUAUUUGCUCCUGGCGUACCCCAGGUAGUAAGAGAUUUCCACUCCACCUCGCUAGAGAUCGCCGCGUUCGUGGUCUCGGUCUACGUCUUAGGAUUUGCGGCCGGACCUAUGCUUUUCGCGCCCUUGUCCGAGAUAUACGGCCGAGUCAUCCUCUAUCACAUCGCCAACCUGGGAUUCGUGGCAUUCCAGGUCGGAUGCGCGCUCGCGCCGUCCUUGAACGCUCUCAUCGUUUUCCGAUUCUUCGCCGGCGUGUUCGGUUCCGUGUCCAUCACGAACGGCGGCGGAACGAUCGCCGACAUGAUUGUUCAGGAGAAGCGGGGCGGUGCGAUGGCCGUGUUCAGCAUCGGUCCACUUUUAGGUCCUAUCAUUGGUCCCGUCGCCGGAGGUUUUCUAUCAGACGCUGAGGGCUGGAGGUGGGCGUUCUGGCUGCUGGCUAUCGUAGGGGGGUUCCUAAGCAUUCUCAUGGCUUUCUCCCUCAAGGAAAGUUAUGCGCCCGUCAUCCUCAAGAGGAAGGCCACCAAAUUGCGCAAGGAGACUGGCAACGACCAACUGCGGUCGAAGCUCGACGCCGGUCUUUCGCCCAGGGACUACUUCAAGCGAGGCAUUAUUCGCCCCUUCAGGAUGCUCUUUCUCUCGCCAAUUGUUGCCGUCACAUCGCUAUACAUGGCGGUUACUUACGGCUAUUUGUACCUUAUGUUUACUACCAUGACCGAAGUGUUCCAGGAGUAUUACGGUUUCUCGACGAGCACCGUUGGUCUGUCAUUCAUUGGACUUGGCGUUGGAAGCAUGAUCGGCAUUCUUCUUUUCAGUGGAACCUCCGACAGAUAUAUCAAGAGGAAAGCCGCCCAGGCCGACGCGGAAGCCCAGGCGACUGGUGGAGUUAAGGCGGGCAUGAAACCAGAGUACCGAUUACCACUACUUCCCCUAGGAGCCAUACUCAUUCCCGCUGGUCUAUUCAUAUAUGGAUGGACUGCCAGCUACAAGGUGCACUGGAUCGCACCCAUCAUCGGUACAUCCAUCGUCGGUAUUGGAAACCUCAUCGUGUUUAUGGCCAUCCAGAUGUACCUGGUCGAUACCUUCACCAUCUACGCCGCCUCAGCCAUAGCGUGCAAUACGGUAGUGCGAUCCUUAGCUGGCGCCGUGCUCCCGCUAGCCGGUCUACCUAUGUAUAGCAAGCUGGGUAUCGGCUGGGGUAACAGUUUGCUAGGUUUCCUCGCCGUUGCGCUAUUCCCCGUAUCAAUAUGUGUGCUCAGAUACGGCGAGGUGCUCAGAAAUAAAUUUCCUAUCAAAAAUCUCUAGGGGGUUGGAAUUCGCGAGGUUGCUUUCAAAAAGGGGUAGCCACAGCAGCAAGGAGAAAAAAAUAUGGAAAAUGUGUUAUAUCACGACAAAAGCUCGGCAUUAUAUCCCUUAGCAUCAUGUACAUAAAAUGCUGUUCAUGAACAUUUAACCCAUCUGCUUUAAAAGCAUAGUACACAGGCGUUCCCUAGAAGUCAUAAUGUUAAAGAGCUCAAUACUAUUCCAGACUUGCAUACACGGCAU